AUCCUCGUUUUCGACGCCAUAUUGGUUUACCCUUGUCGGACAAGAGCAAGAAAGAGUUGCGUCAAAUUUUUCUCAUUUCGUGGUCAUCAUCAAUUCAUUUUGCCCUUUGGUUUACAAACUAACAGUUUGCCUGAGAGGAAAGUUUCAGCAUUUUUCGUAUCUUAUGUCUUUCUGUUCGUCGUAAUGGAAGAAAAGCCGGUUCGAGUCACUUGUCCCAGUUUGCCGAAAGGAUGGCUACGAGAGAUUGUUUUGAGAAAGUCUGGUGUUUCGGCCGGUAGAUCCGACGUCUAUUACUACAGCCCUGAUGGAAAGAAAUGUCGCUCUAAACCACAGCUUGAGAAGGAGCUCGGAGGAGUAGACCUGACGGACUUUGAUUUCCGCAGUGGAACAUUCUGUCGCCGUAGUAAACGUCAGAGGAGUCAACCCAAUUUCUCCCGGGAUCUGAAUGGUGCAAUUCCAAAUUCUCCUGUUAGACAGUCUACAAAGUCAUUCUCCAAACAACCAGUUUCUUACUAUCCCGGCAGACAAGCCAAGAAGCAAAAGGUUGAGCCUAUAAAUUCCAAAAUUGAUAAAGAAAAACCGAAACAGCUGUUCUGGGAAAAACGAAUUCAAGGGCUUACUGCUGUAAAUGCUGAAGAUGAAAGAAAGCUGGAUGCAUUCAAUCUCGGCAAGACAUUUCGGGUAAUAGGUCCUGGCAUGGAUGAGAAAGCAUUGGUCCAUGCACUAGUCACAAAUAUACACACAAAGUCAAGCAUUAAAGGUCAAAGCAUGUCAUUAGUUGCCCUAGAAAAACACCCUGAGAUCUGGAUCAAUGUAGAUCAACCCCCUUGUGCCCCGUUCGUUAUAACGGAUGCCGAUAUCAAAGCACAAGAGGAGCGAGUUUCAAGGCAAAGACAAAAGCUUGCAGAAGCUAUAGCUGAACAUAAGCAGCUUAAAUACAAAAGCUUAUUUAUAACAGCAAGAUCAUAACAAGUGACUUCCUUACUGAUUACUAAUGGGAUAUUUUCUAUAUACAUUUUGUAAAAAGAUAUAGCUGAAAAGGAUGCAAUAAAAGCUGCUGGAUAUUUUUUUCAUCAUCUCCAAA